AUGGCGGCCGCUGUCGAUUCUCUGAAUUCGACUUAUUCCCUUGGCUGGUGGAAUGAUGGACCACUAUCUGCUACGGAUAUUAGCUCUGCUUCCAAGCAGAUGCGUCAUUACCUUAAGAGUCAGCAUGUCGCCGCGAAGAGCACCAAGAGAAGCACUUUCUUGUUUGCUCGAUCUGGCUCAGCCGCUGUCGGUAUUUACAUUGGCAAGGGCCUGCAGAGCGAGGGCGUUAGCUCAUUUGCUCUGAAUGCGCUGACGGAUAAUAUUCGGACGCUAAAUAUCAGCUCCAGUAAUGUGGCCAUGCAGCUAUGCGAUCCGAACAGCAACAAUGCCCACACCUGA